UGUUCCGGCAUCCUGCCGAAAGUGGAGGAUCUGACGCACCAACAUAGGUUUCACAUUGGAGUGGUACAUGACAGUUAAGUUAUUUUAAUUGAGCACGGAAAAAUAAUCAUAGAGAGAGGUCUCUGCAUUGGAUAAAGUGCAGUUAUGUCGCUGAGUGCGACCGCUGAGGAGAAAAAUGGCACGUCCACAGGGUCAACAGAUGACAUUCUGAAAUCAACAGGGAAUGACGAGCUCAAAUUCGGCCUGUUGAUCAGUUUGUUGAAGGUGGACCAAGUUCCAAAUAAAGAUGUUGUGGACACAGUAUUACAUUUGCUGGUGGGAGGAGAGUUUGACAUUGAGACAAACUUCAUCAUCCAGGAGCCACAGAAUAUUCUUCACAUGUUACGCGUCUUCUCCAGUUGUACUGUAACACUACAGGCUGAAAUAUGGAGUGUUUUUACUGCGAUGUUAAAGAAGAGUCGUCGGAACUUACAAGCGUGUACAGAGGUGGGGCUGAUAGAACACGCUCUUAAUCUGAUGAAGGAUGUGGACGAUGUCAUAGCAGAUCUUCUGGUGGACAUGCUGUCUACACUGGCCAGUUACAGCAUCACGGUCCGAGAACUGAAAAUGUUGUUCUCCAUCCUGGAGGCCUCAGAAGGGGAGUGGCAAAGACAUGCUGUGAAGUUAUUGUCGGUCCUACAAGUGAUGCCACAGAGGGAAGGUCCUGAUGAGUUCUUCAGCUUCCCAGGGAAAAAGGGAUCAUUUAUUGCCCUUCCUCCUAUAAAAACCUGGCCAUACCAGAACGGCUGGACAUUUACAUGCUGGUUACGACUAGACCCAGUUACUGGGGUCACAGUGGAGAGAGAAAAACCCUAUCUAUACUGUUUUAAAACCAACAAAGGGGUUGGAUAUUCUGCCCAUUUCCUUGGAAAUUCCCUGGUCAUCACAACCAUGAAGAUCAAAGGCAAAGGUUUCCAGCACUGUGUCAAAUAUGACUUCCAGCCCAGAAAAUGGUACAUGGUGACGGUGGUACAUGUAUACAAUCGAUGGAGUAAAUCAGAGCUGCGAUGUUACGUUAACGGAGAAAUCGUGUCCAGCACAGACAUUUCCUGGCUCGUCAGCACCAGUGAUCCUUUUGACAAAUGUGUUCUGGGAGCCAGUUCUGAGGGGGAGACUGAUCACAUGUUCUGUGGUCAGAUGUCCACUGUUUAUCUAUUCAGUGAGGCCCUCACACCUCAACAAAUAUCAGCCAUAUUUUAUCUAGGACCAAGUUACAAGAGCCAGUUUCGAUUUGAAAAUGAAAGCGGUUUGGGAACUGUUGUGGUCAACAAAAGACUGCUGUAUGAUGGGAAGUUGACAUCGUUGAUCGUAUUCAUGUAUAACCCUAUAGCAUGUGACGGUCAGCUGUGUCUGGAAUCAGCACCAAAAGGAAAUGUCUCCUACUUUGUCCAUGUUCAGCAUGCUCUUAUGUCUGGGGAUGUAAAGGCUGUGAUAACACAUUCCAUCUACAGUACUCUUCAUUCACUUGGAGGAAUCCAGGUUGUGUUUCCAUUGUUUGGUCAAUUAGACAUGCCAGUUAGAAAGGGAGAGAACUCAUCUAGUGAAGUGGAUUACACUAUUUGUUCAAAGUUGAUGCACAUUGUCAGCAGUUUGAUGGAGAGCUCUGUCACCAUACAACAACAGAUGAUGCAGAAUCGCGGCUUCCUGGUCAUAGGGUAUCUGCUGGAGAAGGCCAGCAGGGAGCAUGUGACACCAGCAGUUCUGGAGAUUUUCCUGAGACUGACCAAUUAUCUGGUGGCCCUGCCCACAGGAAGUGUUAUCUUAAAACACUUGUUUGAUCAUAUUUUAUUCAACCCUGCUCUCUGGAUCCACUCAAGUGUAGAGGUCCAGACCAAGCUGUACUGCUACCUGGCUACAGAGUUUAUAAACAAUGCUCAGAUUUAUAACAACAUCAGACGAGUCAGCGCUGUACUCCAGACAAUGCACACACUGAAGCUGUACUACUGGGUGGUUAACCCAGCUGAUAGGAGUGGGGUGGUACCUAAAGGGACUGAUGGCCCCAGACCAAACUAUGAUGAGAUUGUUAAGUUACGGUCCUUCAUGCUGAUGUAUAUGAAGCAGCUUUUGUUGAAAGGAGCAGGGGUACAGGAGGAGGAACUCCAGAGUAUUCUUAAUUAUCUGUCCACUCUACAUGAGGAUGACAACUUGAUGGAUGUUCUGAAGUUGACUGUGGAGCUAAUGGCAGAACACCCUAUGUCCAUGGUGCCCUCUUUUGAUAAGAAAGGAGGAAUAAGAACAAUUUUUAAGCUGCUGGCCUCCCCAUCAGAAGAGUUAAGGAUCCAGUCACUAAAACUGCUGGGAUUCUGGCUAAUGAGAAGCACACACAAGAGGAAAUCAGAUGCCCUUGGACCACACAACUUGUUUUCCUUGAUAGGAGAGCGCCUGAUGCUGAAUGUGUCCACCAUAACAAUGCCUAUAUACAAUGUCCUGUUUGAGCUUCUAACAGAAAGAAUGACCUUGGAGACCUGCACACAAAAACACACAGAACCAGAUUCAAAUAUCAAGAUUGAAAAUUCUGCUAUUCUUAAGGUGGUGGCGACCAUGAUCCGUCAGUCUAAGCUUAGUCCUGUUGUUAUGGAGGUCAAACGCUGCUUCCUGUCUGAUCUGACCAUACUGUGUAACAACAAUAGGGAUAACAGAAGAACUGUGCUGCAGAUGUCAGUAUGGCAGGACUGGCUGUUCACUCUAGCGUACAUCUACCCCCGUAAUGAGGAGGAACAGAAGAUUACAGACAUGGUAAUGGCAUUAUUCAGGAUGCUCCUACAUCAUGCUAUCAAGUUUGAGUUCGGGGGAUGGAGAGUUUGGAUUGAUACUCUAGCUAUUCUACACUCAAAGGUUGCCUAUGAAGAUUUCAAAAUUCAUAUGUCCAAGAUGUACGACCAUUAUGUCAAAGUGAAAGCUGAUGAUGUUGAUCCCCAAGAACGAGAUCAGCACCCGGUCAGUACUGUGUCAGGUGUAUCAGACAGAGUCCUCAAUAAACCAGUACCAAAAAGUACCGUUAAAGUAACAGAAAUACCAGAGGAGAGUGAAGAAACGGAGGACUCUAAUGUGAACAAUGUUGGUAAGCUGACCAAUGGAGAAGUGGCAGAACCCAGUGAGGGGGAUUCAAACAGUGAGGUCAAACAAUUCCUGGAGGACGUGAUUAAUGAUGUCGUCCAGAAGGUGGAGUCCAAGAAACCACAGGCGGAGGCCAGGGAGCCACCACAACAGGAAGUGGUGGAGCAAGAGUCGUCCGAGGGUCGACCUACGGUCAGAAGGUCUGCAUCACUCGACAGACCCCGACCAGCGGAGACCAAAAAAUACCCCACCCGCUCACAGUCAUUUAGGGAGGGGGGAACUAAAAUGUUCAGUACAGGCCCCCGUGCCCCUCCCUUUAGAAUCCCAGAAUUCAGAUGGUCAGCUUUACACCAAAAACUUCUGUCUGAUCUUUUGUUCUCUAUAGAAACUGAUGUACAAGUCUGGAAAAGCCAUAGUUCUCGGACAGUGAUAGACUUUGUAAAUGCCAGUGAGAACCAUGUGUAUGUAGUGAAUGUCACUCACAUGAUUUCCCAGCUGGCUGACAACCUGAUAACGUCAUGUGGAGGGUUACUUCCCCUGCUGGCUGCUGCCACAUCACCAAGUGGAGAGGUGGAGAUUUUGGAGCCAACCCAGGGCCUGAGUAUUGAGCAGGCUGUCUCUAUCCUUCAGAGGAUCAUGAAUUUGACUGAUGUACUCAUAUUUGCCAGCUCCACUAAUUUUGCCGAGUUGGAACAAGAAAAGAACAUGCCAGCUGGUGGCAUCUUGAGGCAGUGUUUAAGACUCGUAUGUACCUCAGCGGUGAGGAACUGCCUGGAAUGUCGUCACCGAUCCCAUCUUAGAUCCCCUCCCGGUACUCCCACUGCAUCCCCCUCUAGUAGUACCAGAGGAUCCAGGAGCUUUAACGGGAUGGAUCCCAUACAGGCUCUUAUCAUGGCCUCACACCCAACAGAAAAGAAUAUUGUUGAGAAUCUGAAUGAGCAGGCUUCUCCCAUCAAGGACUUUGAUAAGCUGUUACAGGAUACGGACAUUAAUAGACUGAGAGCUGUCGUCUAUAGAGAUGUGGAGGAGACAAAACAAGCCCAGUUCUUGGCCCUGGCUAUUGUGUACUUCACAUCAGUGCUGAUGGUGUCUAAAUACAGGGACAUCUUGGAACCCCCCAGCCCAGCUGCCACCCCAACCUCCCACAGAAUGUCUAUCAACUCCCCCUCAGAUGAGGAGUUUGAUAGUGGAGACGUCACCAGUGAUGGAGAUGUAUCAAGGGAGGUAAUCGAUGGAGAAGAGGCAUCAGCCGACCAAAGCAUGGAGGAAUCCCCAAAAAUGAAGAUCAAAGCCGACAUCAACGUAACAGAUACAACAGAUGAGGAUUCAGCUACAAGGUCAGCUACAGGAAGUGAAGACCUUGACAAAAGUGCAGACUCAGCACAGCUAGAGGAAGAGGGAGGAAGCGAGGAGGAAAGAAAGGAAACUCCUAAAGAAGAAACAAAAGAGGACGAACCAGAGGAGGAAGAGGCAAAGGAUGAAGAUAAUGGUGAAGAGGAACAAUCCAAGCAAGAGGAGGAAAAGGUUGACAAUGAGGAAAAAGAGGAAAAGGAGGAAGCUGUAGAGGAAGGAAAGGAGGAAGCUGAGGGUCAAGAAGAGGAAGGUGCCAAAGAGAAGGAAGCAGCAGGCACAUCAGAGGAACCAACACAGGAGGAAACACAACAAAAGGAACAAAAGGAAACAGAAGAAGUAACAGAAGAAAAACCAAGCACACCAAAGGAAAAUGGGGAGGUUCAAGAAAAUCAUGCUGAAGAAAAACUGCCCCAGGAACCGCCACCGGAACCACCAGCUGGUGCCGAGGUCCACGUAGACCACAAAGAAGAUGAGGGCAAGAAAGCUGAAGCCAACAAACCUAUCCAUGCCAUAUCUGUCACUAACAAAGAUGACAGGCCUAAACUGGAGAAGCUUCAGAUGCCCAACAAGAUUCACGACACUCUGGCCAACCUCCCUGCUGUGGUGGGGGAACCCACAGGAUCCCUCACGGAGAGGCUGGAGAAAGCCCUGGGGUCAGUCUCACCCCUGCUCAGGGAAAUCUUCGUGGAUUUUGCUCCAUUCUUGUCCAAGACACUGAUUGGCUCUCAUGGACAAGAACUACUUAUAGGAGGUUUGGUGACUUUGAAACAAAGUACAUCAGUGGUAGAACUAGUCAUGUUGCUCUGCUCCCAGGAAUGGCAGAAUUCAUUACAGAAGCAUGCUGGACUGGCCUUCAUAGAACUGGUCAAUGAAGGAAGGUUACUUGCUCAUGCUACCAGAGACCACAUUGUAAGGGUGGCAAAUGAAGCCGAGUUUAUUCUGAACAGAAUGCGGGCAGAAGACGUACAGAAACAUGCAGAGUUUGAGUCACUUUGUGCUCAAACCAUGCUGGACCGCAAAGAGGAGGAAAAAAUGUGUGACCAUCUCAUCAAAGCAGCCAAACGACGAGACCACACAGUAGCCAUUAAAACCCGCGACAAAAUACUCAACAUCCUCACCAACAAACAUGGGGCCUGGGGCAGGCCCGAGACUGAACACGACAGAGAUUUCUGGCGAUUAGACAUUUGGGAGGAUGAUUCCAGAAGACGACGGAGAUUGAUUAAGAAUCCGUAUGGAUCCACACAUCCAGAGGCCACACUAAAGGCAGCCUUAGAACAUGGAGAGAAUGAAGAUGCCAUUAACCAGGCCCGGGAGGCCUUCCAUGCUCACCUGGCCAAGCUCAAGAGAUCCCAGAUUCAGCCGGAUUACACGGACGAGGAGCUACUAAUGGAGGAGAGAGACAUGGAACCAGAGUUUGCCGGUCCUGUUGCUAUGUCUACAUCCUGUAAGCUGAUAGCCCCGGGAGCAGCCAUUAAUGGAAUCAUGUCCAUCACUAAAACAGAAAUGUACUUUGAGAUGGAUGAAGAGAAUGAAGAAAACAAGAAACUUGACCCUAAGGUGUUGGCCUAUGUUGAACAUGCACAUGGAAAAUGGCACUUCAAUGAAAUACGUGCAAUCUUCUCCCGCCUGUAUCUGCUGCAGAAUGUGGCGAUCGAAAUCUUCAUGGCGAACAGGACUGCUGUCAUGUUUGCCUUCCCAGACCAUGCAACAGUCAAAAGAGUUGUCAAUGCCUUGCCUCGUGUCGGAGUGGGGGUCAAAUAUGGAUUGCCACAAGCCAGGAGGUUGUCUUUGGCAUCUGGAAAACAAUUGUAUAAACUGUCCAGUAUGACCCAGAAAUGGCAAAGGAGGGAGAUAUCUAACUUUGACUAUCUCAUGUACCUUAAUACCAUAGCAGGUCGUACAUACAAUGACUUAAACCAGUAUCCUGUGUAUCCUUGGGUGAUUGUGAACUACGACUCAGAUGAAUUAGAUUUGAAACAACCAAGUAACUUUAGAGAUCUGUCAAAACCAAUUGGUGCUCUGAACCCCACCAGAAGGGAGUUUUUUGAGGAGCGCUAUAAUUCCUGGGAACAUGAUCAAAUUCCCCCAUUUCACUACGGCACUCACUACUCUACGGCAGCUUUUACUCUCAACUGGCUCAUCCGAGUAGAGCCAUUUUCUACUAUGUUUUUGAACCUUCAAGGAGGCAAAUUCGAUCAUGCCAACAGAACAUUUAGUUCUGUAACACAGUCUUGGAAGAACUGCCAGAGGGAUACAUCAGAUGUCAAGGAGCUGAUCCCUGAAUUUUUCUUCCUCCCAGAAAUGUUCAUCAAUCAAAACAGAUUUAAAUUUGGUAAACAGGAAGAUGGUGGGGAAGUCAACGAUGUUGAAAUGCCACCCUGGGCAAAGAACCCUGAUGAUUUCGUCCGAAUUAACAGAAUGGCCUUAGAAUCAGAAUUUGUGUCUUGUCAACUUCACCACUGGAUUGAUUUGAUAUUUGGAUAUAAACAAAGAGGUCCAGAAGCAGUUAGGUCUACAAAUGUUUUCUACUAUCUUACCUAUGAAGGCAGUGUCAACCUAGAAAACAUGGCAGACCCUGUCAUGAAAGAGGCUAUAGAGAACCAGAUCCGCAGUUUUGGACAGACCCCCACCCAGCUCCUGACGGAGCCCCACCCACCCCGCAGUUCUCUGAUGCACUUGAUGUCUGAACGCUAUCAGGAGAACAAACUCAGAGGGAGAAAGACUCCGAUGAUGUUUUCCACGGUCCAGGAUGACGUGUGUAUGAUCAUGAAGUUCCUGUCUAACUCCCCCGUCAUCCACAUCGCGGCAAACACUCACCCCGCGGUGCCUGUUCCCGCCGUCACAACCAUCACCUGCAACCACAACUUCGCCGUCAACAAGUGGAACACCACCUAUCAACAACAAGGCCCGCCCACGAGUUUCUCUUCAGACAAGCCUGAUCCACAGUUAAAUCUGCCUCUGGCUAUGGACCAACUGUUAGUAACAAACACCGGCCUACAACGGCGAUCAAUGGGAGACAACUUUGACGAGAGAUUAAAACCCACUCACCAGAGUUUUGUCACAUCUGCAGACAACCGAUUCAUAUUUGCCUGUGGAUUCUGGGAUAAAAGCUUCAGAAUUUUUAGCUCUGAUUCAGGAAAGAUUCUUCAGGUUGUGUAUGGGCACUUUGAUGUGGUGACCUGCAUAACAAGAUCAGAGUGUAAUCUUAACCAGGACUGUUACGUUGUCACAGGAUCAAAGGACUGUACAGCCAUGGUGUGGAUGUUUACAUCCCGUAACCAGGCUAUCAUAGGAGAUAAUGGAAGCUUAGAACACCCCACCCCUAAGGCCACACUGACAGGUCAUGAUUCGGAGGUGAUUUGUUGUGCUGUUCUGGCUGAGCUGGGGCUGGUACUGAGUGGAUCUAGAGAGGGAGCUUGUUUGGUCCACUCUUUGAACGGGGACCUCCUGCGAUCCUUGGACCCCCCUAAGGGUUGCCUGUCCCCGGAGCUGAUCAUUGUGUCCAGGGAAGGAUUUGUACUGGUCAAGUUUGACCAGGGUCACAUAUGCAACUUCAGUAUCAAUGGACGUCUUCUACAGAAUGUCAACCACAAGGAUACCGUCCAUACGAUGAUUCUUAGUCGAGAUGGACAGUACAUGAUGCUUGGCGGUAACUCUGGCAUUGUAGAAGUGUGGCGGUCACAUGACCUGACCCUCCUGUAUACAUAUCCCCCAUGUGAUAGCAGCAUAAGGUCACUGGCAUUGACCCAUGACCACAAGUUCUUACUCGCAGGACUCGGUACUGGAUGUUUACUGGUGUUCAACAUCGACUUCAACAAGUGGCACCACGAAUACCAAGAGAAAUACUGACAUUUCCGUGUCUAGUCGUCCAACAUUCCAAGGUGUGAUAUCAGCAGGCUGCCAUAACUCACACUAGCUCUAGGUCUCUCUGUAUGAACGGUGACAAUGCAAUAUCUGGAAGUGUGGAGUCGUUCUGUGCAAUGCUAACUUUAGGAAUUUUUAAAUUUGUAGGGACUUAUAAAAUGGUUUUUACUAUGGUAGAUUUGAUAUAGAUGUUUGAUUAUUGGGAGGGAAACUGUGAUAGUUUAGAAGAAUAUUUAUUUCAACAUGAACAACAAUUUUCUAUUUUUUUCACAAGUGCAGUGAAAUUGUGUUUAUAAUUUAUUAUAGAAAUAUGCUUUCAAAGUAUAUGAUAUAGAAACAUUCCAAUGAUACACCUGUGUGAUAAGCUUCUCUGAUUUUUAGGAGAAUAUAGACAUAUAUGGAUUUUCUUCAGUUCUAAACUGAAAUUUAUUACCAAAAAAUUUGUUUUUCUGUGAAAUUUUUAUAUAUUUUUUGCAUGCACCUAAACAUAAAUAACAUAAUCAUUUUUAAGUGCUAAUUGUAUCCUCUUUUCAUAUUCUAGAACUUAUCUUUGUUAUUAUGAAAUUAACUGUUGAUGUCCAAAUUGUGGCAACUUUACACAAUAUGAAAAACGUUUAUGUUGUUUUGUUACUGAACAAAAUGAAAAUGAAAUUUCUGUACAAUUUCCGUCAGAAGUGGAACAUUGAGUGAUAAGGAAUUCUGUAAACAUAUCAUGAUCAUCCCUCAUAGCGUGCUUGGUUGUGUAUUGGUCACUCUCUAACCAUUUGUCUGCUUGUAUAUUUAGUGUAUUAUGCUGGAUUUGUAAGGGGACUGCAAUUUGUUGUUAUAAAUAGAAUCAUAGCCAAUAAAUUAUAACAUUGAU